AUGAAAGGAGGCAAAUCAAGUGGAGGAAAGCUGAUGGCAACACUUCGGAGGUUAAAAAGCAGGGAAGCUCCUUACAGCGAGGUGUCUAAGGGUUUGUACGUCGGUGGGUGGCCUUCUUCGCCGGACAAAAUGCCGCCGGGUCUCCGGAUCCAGGUGCCAUGGAAUCGUCUGUUCGAUGGGCUUUGUGAAAGAGAACUCAGAAUACUCCUAUCUUUAUUCAUUGUGCUUAUGGCCAUGGAAGAAGCGUGGCGUUGA